UUCUUCUAUCUCACUGUUUAAGUUUAUAUUUAUAUUCUUGGCAACAGAUUGUAACUGGGAAUUGUUCCUACUCUUGGGAGGAUUUGGAAAGCAAUUUCUUGAUUUUCCGGUGAAUUUCACUUGAUUUGCACAUGGCCGGUAUGUGUUGUGGGGUUGUUGGUGAGACAGAGACUCCAUCCACGGUUGAACCGAGUGGUGGUCGUCAAGCGAGGCGUCGGAGGGUGGAUAUUCAUCAGCUUAAAUUCCUUGCCUCCGACGUGGUGGCGCCGCUGCCGGGGAGCGGUAGGAAGCGAAGGAAGGUAGAAAGUCUAGAGAUGAUUGGCAAUAACGUUGAUGCCAAGGCACUAACUACGCCGCUAGAGUGCGAGAAGGUAGUUCAGCCGUGUCAUAUGAAGCUGAAGGAAGAGGGUCAUCUUGGAAGUUCGUCGGAGACGGAGACUGUGUUGAACCCAUGCAAGUUGUUGUCGGAGACUGUUGGCGAGACUGUUCGGGAUGAGGAAUCAUCUAGAUUUGGGAUCACGACGGUGUGUGGAAGGAGGAGAGAUAUGGAAGACGCCGUUGCUGUGAAACCGUCGUUCUCUAGUGAUCUACACUUCUACGGUGUUUACGACGGACAUGGAUGCUCACAUGUGGCGAUGAAGUGCAAAGAUCGAAUGCACGAGAUAGUGAAGGAGGAGGUGGAGAAUAGCGGGGAAUCAUUGGAAUGGAAAGAGACGAUGGCGAAGAGCUUCUCACAAAUGGAUAAGGAGGUGACGGAGUGGAGUGAAGGUGCUUCAAGCUCGAAUUGUCGUUGCGAGCUUCAAACUCCCCAAUGCGACGCCGUUGGAUCCACGGCCGUUGUCGCCGUGGUGACUCCCAACGAGAUCGUUGUCUCAAACUGCGGUGAUUCCCGUGCCGUACUUUGCCGGAACGGCGUUGCGAUUCCUCUCUCCUCCGAUCACAAGCCUGAUCGACCAGAUGAACUCACUCGAAUAGAAGAGGCCGGCGGACGUGUGAUUUACUGGGACGGCGCUCGAGUUCUCGGUGUGCUAGCCAUGUCCCGAGCAAUAGGCGAUAAUUAUUUGAAGCCGUACGUGAUACCGGAACCGGAGGUAACCGUAACGGAACGGACGGCGGAGGACGAAUGCCUAAUUUUAGCCAGCGACGGGCUGUGGGACGUAGUGUCCAACGAAGUAGCAUGUAGCGUCGCACGCAUGUGCUUGAACUCGCAGAAGCCUCCAUCGCCACUGCGGUCGCCGGGAAACGAAGUCAACGUCGCCGGCGGCGAAUAUUCUGACAAGGCCUGUUCAGAUGCGUCGAUACUUUUGACGAAACUAGCUUUGGCUAGACGGAGCUCAGAUAACGUGAGCGUCGUUGUGGUCGAUCUGAGAAAAAAUCUAUAACAAACAUCCGAGUUAGGGAAAUUUCAUGAGAUCUUUACCAAUUAACAUCGAUUGAUUGUUGAGAUAUGAUCUUGAUCCGAUCAAAUAUACGUAUAUAAGUCUAUAAAGAAAAUUAAUAUCAUGAAUUGCAGUUGAAUUUGGAGUUUUGAAUCGAAUGAAAUUCGUAGAAACCAUGGGAAGUGGUGCAGGUGGUGGGUAGAUGGAUUCGAAUCCUUUGACAUGAUGAGGAGGGCGGCAGAAGUCAGCGGCAGGUGCAGCCACGUCUACCCUUUUUGUAUGUGCAUUUGGUCCAAACUAUAUGCUGGAUUCCACCCAAAUGUCAAGUUAUUACACUUAUGAAAACUGUAAUUUCGUUGACUGUCAACGUUUACAAGCCUUGUUAAAAACAAUGGAGAACUUGACACGUGUUGAU